AGUAAUCAAUGAAAACUGUUGUUGUGUGUGAGCUGAGUGUGUGAGCUGUGUGUGUGAGCUGAGUGUGUGAGCUGCGGCAGCAACGAUGCCUUCAGUUCAGUAUCUGAGAGAGUUUAUCAACGAGCGACUAACUGCUGCUGCUGAACAAAUAUUCUUGGAGUUUGAAAAAACGAUCGUCCAGUACGAGGAAGAGAUCGACCGUCAGCGCAGACUGCUGGAUAUCACCUGGAAACCCCAAAUCAAGCUGCACAGGACAGACGUCCCACAGCAACAUGUCAGCAGGGAGGAGGAGGUUCUCCCCGAGCAGCAGCUCUGUGGCCAAGAGGAUCCAGAACCUCCACAGAUUAAAGAGGAACAGGAGGGAGAGCAGCUGGUAGUGAAGGAGGAGAGUGUAGACGUCAUCAUCUGGAACGAGAGCAGUCCUCAGCAUGAACAAGAGGACGUCACCUGCAGCCCACAGAUGAAGACACAAAGGACAGACGUCCCACAGCAGCAUGUCUGUGAGGAGGAGGAGGAGGUUCUUCUCCCUGAGCAGCAGCUCUGGAACCAGGAGAGGAGCUCCAGUGUGGACCAGGAGGAACCAGAAGCUCCACAGAUUAAAGAGAAACAGGAGGAGUUCUGUCAGGAGGUGAGCCAGGAGACUGAGACCUUCAUGGUGGAAGAAAGUGAGAAAGGAAGCAAGAAUGCUGACUCAGGAUUAACUGUGAGUUUCGGUUUAAAGCCAAAAACGAGAAAUCGCGGACGUCUCGGUGCAGACGACGCUCCGAGCCAGCGUCGCUCUGACACGGCCAGCAAAUCUGUAACAUGUGACGUUUGUGGAAAAGGCUUCAAGUAUAGAUCCCGGAUGCAAAGACAUCAGAGAAUCCACACAGGCGAGAAGCCGUAUCCCUGUGAGAUGUGUGGGAAAGGUUUUUCUCAGAAGGAUGCUCUGACUGUGCACAUGAGAACACACACAGGUGAUAAGCCCUAUGUUUGUAACACCUGUGGGAAAAGAUGCUUGACCUCAUCGACCCUUACCCGGCACGCCGCGGUCCACACGUGCCAGAAGCCCUAUUCCUGCAAAACGUGUGGGAAAGGUUUUGCUCAAAAGUCCAUUUUGCUGGUCCACACGAGAGUGCACACCGGCGAGAAGCCCUAUCUGUGCAACAUCUGUGGGAAGAGAUUUUUUAAAUUGUCAACGUUUAACAUGCACAUGUUUAUCCACGCAGAUGAAAAGCCGUAUUCUUGCCAAACAUGUGGGAAAGGUUUUAAUCGAAGAACUGAUUUGUACGUCCACAGCAGAAUUCACAGAGGUGAGAAACCCUUUUGUUGCCCAACGUGUGGCAAGUCUUUCAAUCGGCGCAGUAAUUUAUUAUCCCACACAAAAAUCCACACGAGUGAGAAGCCCUAUUCCUGCGAAACGUGCGGGAAGUCUUUCAAUCGAGGCAGUAAUCUGUUACGCCACAUGAGGUCUCACACAGGGGAGAAGCCUUAUGUUUGCAAGAGCUGUGGGACCAGGUUCGCUGACUCGUCGUCACUUAAAAGGCACAGAGGAGGAGCUGCUGAAUGUGGAAGAAAAGCUUCUUUAAAAUCCUCCUGAGAGACCACACAGCUGAGAGGCUGUGACUGUAUCAGCGUUACUGCACCACGCAGCGGAGACGUCCUCUUGCUGUGCACCAUGACAUCCGUCACUGAAUUAAUCGAGUGGCACUAGCAGUGGGAGUGGGCGUGUGUUUUUGAGUCUAAAGAUAUGUUUUGAGAAAAUCUUGGUUAUUGAGUCUGUGUGCCUGUAUGUGCUUCCUGUGGUAAUGUCAAUUUCCACAACAGCCUCUGUGGAAUUUUGUCACAACAGUGGGAAGUGGAGGGGAAGCCACUGGGAGUCUGAAGUUUUCAACAAGCAGCUUCUAUAAGUUCUCUUUCCUUCCAGAGUCCGACGAACCUUUUCUCCCUUACAUUCGUCGCUGUGGCUCACGUGCUCCUGAACUUUAGUGUGGCUGUGCCACGAGCUCAUUUGUAGCCCAUCAGUUUUCUCCCACUUACAGACCUCUCUCUCUCUAUCCACCUGCUCGUCCGUGGAGCGGAUAUGCAAGUGUUCUCAGCUGAAUCAUGGGGCGGAUGCUGUGUUAUUGGACUCGACAGCUCCAGACCACACAGGGUUUAAACCAGACGGCAGAAAGAUUAAACGCAUUUUCAUCAGGUGUAUAAAUAUCAGGUGUUUUUCAGCAUGGUACCCUACAGAUGAAGAG